AUGUCGUCAAAGCUGUCAACAACCGUACGGGUCCGCGGCUGCGAAGCCCUAGCGCGGAAGCUAUACCAUCACUGUACUGAAGUCCACCGAACGACUGACAGUAGAGAUUGUGAGCUGAUGUCACUUCGCAGGCCGCGACUCUAGAAGUCCCUAUAACGCCCUCACUGCUAACCUUGGAAAAAUCCGCAACGAGCUUGGGCAGAUCGACGAGCUGACCAGCUUCCCAUAUGGAUCAGAUUUGAAGCUGGUACCUUCUGUUUUGCGAUGCCACACUGCUUUGGAAAAGCUGGAGGUAGCCCUGGUAUCUUACAAGUGCAACAACCAAGCCACGGCCGACCCGGACGCCGUCUCGUCAUUCAAGUCCAUACUCGAAAGCAUCGACUUCGAGCUCGUGGCCUACGUAGCGGCAGAAACCCCAAACAAAUGGUGUGGCUGUACACUGAAUCGUUCACCCAGUCAGUCUUCCUCAAGCGCGUGGUCUGUCAACAACGAGCCUUCCAGCACUUCGUCCCAGGUAGAAUGCCGAAAUGACUGGAGAGAAGUCUGCAACGGAGCAACCACCCAGCUUCAGCAAUCGCCAUUGAGUCUUAGGAGCUUAGCAUCUACUCCAAGCUGGAAGUCGCAUUUUCUAGAGCUUGACCCACUUUCUGUGCCCUUGAGCGAUGCUACAAGGCUGAUUCUGGGUGCAAAUGAGCCCAACAUCACUGUGGCGGUCGCCUGUGCGGAUGCCUUAUGCAUGUCCGGUAUGGCGAACGAUAAGGACCCUCCUCUACCUUGUCUCUCUUCCGUGGAAGUAUUGGAGCCUUCUGAGAAACUUGAUGGCGAUGUGUCGCUACAACGAGACUCCGUCACGCUCGACCGCAAUUUGUUCGCUAAAGCCGACAGGCGUGACGACGCAACGGACCUCGAGUUUCAAAAUCAUCGGCGCGAAGCUGCUACUGGACUAAUGGCAAGAGACGGCACCGGCGACGCGGAUGCGUCCGUCCAAGAAAGCCUCUUCGGAGAUGCUUCUGCUACAUCGACCAAAGCAAACCUGGAACCUCGUCAUGAAGAGCCGGCGAAUACCGAUUGCGCCCAGCCCGUGAUCAAGUACUUGGAUCUGACGCUUCAGGUCUCGAGACCGUCGACUGCCUCUGCCGGCGACUCGGAUGAUCUGUAUUCUGCAACUCCAACUCCAAAAGCCCAGCACGAUUGGAUGGCACCGUCCUUUUUGCCCCAACCACUGCAUUUUGCAGAGAAACACCAGAUUCGAAGUAUUAGUGUUGGCGCAGGUGAAAGUCUCCGGACAACGCCACAUGAGAACGAAAGCGAGCCUCCAUCGGGAAUUACUGAACCAGCCCGCUGUACGCAGAGUCAAGAUCUUGAAGGCUUGCAGGGUUGCGACCGUGCAGGCAGCCUGAUGAAAUCCAACUCUUGCUGCGCUUUAGGUCAGGAUGGCGAAGCAACGGACCAGGGCGAGGUUCGAGAACGCGAGCCCUUGCCCAAAGUACCGCCGCAGCCUCCACCUCCUCGAUAUAGCAGGUUGAGUAGACCACCCGCUUGCGCCCCUUCUUCUACAUCGACGGAAAGACGAAGGAGCAUGGAGACUUCUGGCGCCGGACUGCCAGCUGUACCCGAGAAGAGCCCCGUGCAGUCGAGUCCGCAUGUAUCACAGUGGGUUCCUAGGAAGAGCGUGGAUGAGGUCUUGAGUGACAGGGCCGACGAGCCUGCCGUACAAAGGUGUCGUGAGAGAUUCAUUGAAUCGCCCGAAUUUGUUGGGUAUCUAUCGUUUUACGGGCCAGAAGGGAUCGAUGGGGUGACAUCAACGUGCCUCCUGGACUCGGAACGGAUCUUGUUGAUAGUGCAUUUCUGGAACCAUUGCCACUGGGCCCAGGCCGAAAGACAUCUAAUAGGGCACCUCGAAAGCCUCAACGCCCGGUCCGAGGACGCUUCCUUGCGGCGAGUGCAGCAUUUGCUCGCUGUCUGCGCGAGCUUCCAAGGCCAUUGGGACGAGGCCCUCGAUCGCUUCAUGAAAGUGCUGCGAGCCCCGAUCACGGAUUUAUUCGAUCUGGACGACGGAGAUUGUGCGGCCGCGUACUGGUUGGGGGACCUCUUUGCCAUGCAAAACCGAAGAGCAGACGCUGUUCUGGCCUAUGCUAUCGCUGAACGAGGCUCACUCUUUGGGAGUGCCGAGCCUACAGCGCAGAUUAUUGGCGCCGAGCAGACUGCGGUGCAGCUCGAUGUUUCGAAAGCUGAUUUCAGACGCAGGUGGUCGCAGGAGGCAUUCGAAGCAAAGGAGGGCGAUCAAGCAUCCAGUCUACUGGAUUCUCGUAUUGUUUCGGUCGAAGCCGCAAAGAGGUGUGUUGACAGUCAGUCUUGCAAGCAUAGAGUGAAGUGCGAGCACGCCCAACGUCCGGUGCAGCUCGACCAGGAACGCACGCGCGCCAGCUACUUGCCGGGGGUCUCCCUGAAAAUCAGCAGCGACUCCUUCGAUGCAUCCACACCCUGGCCACUGCCAUUCGACCCCAUCUUUUGCCUGGCCAACGUCCAACGCGGUCGUUUGCUGGCAUUUGAGUGCGACAUGCUCGAUGUAUUCAGGAGGAACCCCGAAGCAAAGCUCCCGCGUUCCCUCAGACUAGGCAAGAUGGAUUGCUUCACGUGCAAUGAUCUGACCUGGCUAAUUACUACUAUCCGCGCGUGUCUGGACCAGCUCGAGACUGAGUAUUCCGAGAUCGUCAACGUGCAAGGUACGAUAUCUCAGGGCGGAAGCCAUCUCCAGAGCGUCACUCACGUCCGAGCCACUAGCCGCUUCCCCAAACCUCCUGUUGUGCUUUAG